GCCCCCCCCCCCCCCCUCCUGGGGUUUAAUACCCACCACCGUCCCUCCACCGCCGCAUUCCAGCAGCGCUGAGGCGAGAGAGGUCACGGAGCGGGAGCGCGCAUCGAACCCACAGCCCUGGACGCAUUUCCCGUCCACGCGCUCAUUCCUCAGGUUCCGGAUAAACGAGCAGCGGUGAUCUCGCCUUCUCUACAGGGACUAGAUUCGGUUGAAAACGAGCCGAGCCGAACCGAGCCGAGCCGAGCCGCGCUGCGCGUCUCACCUGUCGAAGCCUCCCGCCGCCGGUGCGUCGCGUGCGUCGCGUGCGUCCAGCAGCGUCUCCAGAGUCCGACCCAGUCCCACUUCCAGCCAAGUCUUCAUCAGGAUGAAGAUGAGCGCGCUCAGAGCGCUGUGUGGCGUCAUGCUGCUGUCCCUCGCUGUCCCGACCAGCGCCAGGCCCAAAGCAGGUCCUGAUCAGAAGUGUAAGUCCGGUCCAGUGGAUCUGGUCUUCCUCAUCGACAGCUCCCGCAGCGUCAGGCCGCACGAGUUCGAGACCAUGAGGAAGUUCAUGAUCGACAUCCUCAACACGCUGGACAUCGGACCGGACGCCACCAGAGUGGGAGUUGUCCAGUACUCCAGCCAGGUCCGUACGGAGUUCUCCCUGAAGGAACACAGCGACGUGGACAGCAUGGUGAAAGGCAUCAACCUGAUCGUCCCUCUGGCUCAGGGAACCAUGACCGGACUCGCCAUCAAGUACAUGAUGAACGUAGCCUUCAGUCCAGAGGAGGGGGACAGGCCCAAGGUUGCUAACGUGGCCGUGAUCGUGACUGACGGACGCCCUCAGGACCGCGUGGCAGAGGUGGCGGCCGAGGCCCGAGACAAAGGCGUGGAGAUCUACGCGGUGGGAGUGGCCAGGGCCGACAUGGCGUCCCUCAGGGCCAUGGCCUCGCCGCCGUUCGAGGACCACGUCUUCCUGGUGGAGUCGUUUGACCUCAUUCACCAGUUCGGGCUGCAGUUCCAGGACAAGCUCUGUGGUGUGGACCUGUGUUUGGAGUCGGAUCACGGCUGUGAGCAGGUGUGUGAGAGCAGCCCAGGAUCCUUCCACUGCCUCUGUCUGCCUGGAUACACGCUCAACCCGGACGGGAAAACGUGCGCAGCCAUCGAUCUGUGCGCUGAGGGAAAACACGACUGUGAACAAAUCUGCGUCAGCUCCCCUGGUUCCUUCAGCUGCGACUGCAACAAAGGCUACGAACUGAACGAGGACAAAAAGACCUGCUCAAUGAUCGACCACUGCUCCUUUGGGAACCACAGCUGUGAGCACGUGUGUGUGAGCGUGCUCAGCGGGUACCACUGCCGCUGCAGCGACGGGUACAGGCUGCUGGAGGACGGCAGCAGCUGCCGAGCCAUUGACCUGUGCGCUGAGGGGAAACAUGACUGUGAGCAGAUCUGCGUCAGCGCUCCGGGCGCUUUCACCUGCGACUGCCGUGACGGACACACACUGAACGAGGACGAGAAGACCUGCACACCCGUUGACCUCUGCGCUGAAGGAAAGCACGACUGUGAGCAGAUCUGCGUCAGCGCUCCGGGCGUCUUCACCUGCGACUGCAACAAAGGCUUCAAACUCAACCAGGACAAGAAGACCUGCACAGACAUGGACGUGUGUAACACCGUGCAGCACGGCUGCGAGCACCAGUGUGUGAGCACCCCGGGCUCCUUCCACUGCGUCUGUCCUGAAGGACAGCUUCUGCAGGACGACGGCCGGAGCUGUGGCACCUGUAAAUCUGCCAACAUCGACCUGGUGUUUCUGAUCGACGGCUCCAAGAGCGUCCGACCCCAAAACUUUGAGCUGGUGAAAAAGUUUGUGAACCAGGUCAUUGACUCUCUGGACGUGUCCGCUCGCGGUACCAGAGUCGGCCUGGUUCAGUACUCCAGCCGGGUCCGGACAGAGUUCCCACUCAACAUGUACCACACAGCCGAGGAGAUCAAAGCUGCCGUCCUGAAGGUCGACUACAUGGAGAAAGGUACGAUGACGGGUCUGGCCCUGAAACACAUGCUGGAAAACAGUUUCUCCGCAGCCGAGGGCGCUCGUCCCAACGUCCCCCGGAUCGGACUGGUCUUCACCGACGGACGCUCCCAGGACGACAUCAGCGAGUUCGCCAAGAAGGCCAAGGAGGCUGGCGUCACCAUGUAUGCUGUGGGCGUGGGGAAGGCAGUGGAGGACGAGCUCCGCGAGAUCGCGUCGGAGCCCGUGGACAAACAUUUCUAUUACACCGCAGACUUCACCGCCAUCAGCACCAUCGCAGAGAACCUCAAACUCAAUGUCUGCCCAGAGGAGAGUCAGGGGGAGAUCGAGGUGAAGGACCCGUGUGCCUGUGACAGUCUGGUGGAGUUCCAGCAGGCCACAAUGAGCAGCCUGGCGCAGUUCACGCAGAAACUGGCUGCGAUGACCACUCGACUGGAGCAACUUGAGAACCAGCUUCUCUCCAGGAAGUGACCCCAACAGGCUGAAGAGGAAGCAAAGAGGACGAGAGUCUGAAUGAGGAGGACGACGGCAGAAGAACUCCCACACGUACGAAGCGCUUUUCCAAAAGGCGACGUCUUCAUCACUUCAGUUCCUGUCCUUCACUGUAAAGUACAGAACUCGUGAAGAAGAGACAUUUUACCAUAUUAUCAAUUUUCACUGUCCCUAGGAAGCAUAAAACAUAUAAAUGUUAUAUACAUGUACAUGUUAGUUUCAGUGAGAACAACGGCGUAAAUGUGCUAACAUAGUUUUUAUGAGAGGACGGAGACGUUCAAGAGACCGACACGCGCUGAUCGUGUGGGUUAAACUUCUUCUGGGUGAAACGUACUCUCUCAGUUCACCUUGGGCCCUAUUUAUACUUGAACUACUUUAAAUAUGAUGUAUUUAUAGCUGUUUUUUUACCAACAGUAGAAUAGAAAGUAAAGUCCAGUUGUGGAAGGAUGAAGUGUUGUUACCACUCACAAUGGUUCAAACCAUUGGACCAAACUGCUUUCCUGUAGAAACUAGACGGAGGCUUUUUACAUGUGACCUAGGUUUGGUUUUUAAAAGGGAAGUAUCUUCUGGUCUGUUGAUCCACUAUAACAGAAGUAUUCUAAUCUUAAUGCAUAUGGGCCUAAAUAGAACAAGUUCAACUCUGUGCACUUUGUACAUUUUGCCUUCAUCCUCUUUUCAUAUUGUUCACCUUCCGAAUGUUCCAGCUCACGGUCUCUCUGCUUCAAUGGCGGAUGAAACCCUUUGUGGGUUCAUCACAGAGUCUGUAAAUGAAUGUGAUCAUGACAACUGUCCAACUCUAAGCUUUGUAUAAAACCUUUGUAUGACCACCACAAAGUUACUCCCCUUUGUAUUUGAAUACAUGUAUAUUUUUUACCUUUUUGUAUUUUUAUGAUAAAUCUUUGUAUUACAGCACAAAAUAAAAGGAGGAACCUUAA